AAAUGGAGCCUCUCACAACUUCCUAUCCUCUGAAAUACUCAGUGCCCAAAGCAAGGGUCUUUGUUGUCUUUCUGUCGAUGGUUUUGUGUACCGCCAUUCUCUGCCUGCUGCAACUCAGGUUCUUUAAACCUAAAAUGAAAGAUUUUUAUUCUUUCGAAGUCAAGGAUUCGAGAGGAAGGAUCAUUUCCUUGGAGAAGUACAGAGGGAAAGCAACUUUGGUUGUAAACGUGGCCAGUUACUGCCAACACACAGACAAAAAUUACAUCGCACUGCAAGAACUACACAGAGAAUUUGGUCCCUCCCACUUCACUGUGCUGGCUUUUCCCUGCAAUCAGUUCGGAGAAUCAGAGCCUAGUUCAAGCCAGGAAAUAGAAUCUUUUGCCAGAGGAAACUAUGGAGUAACCUUCCCUGUUUUCCACAAAAUCAAGAUCCUAGGAUCAGAAGCAGAGCCUGCCUUUAAAUUUCUAAUAGAUUCUUCAAAGAAGGAGCCUCGAUGGAAUUUCUGGAAGUACCUUGUCAGCCCUGAGGGUAAAGUUGUGAAAUUCUGGAGACCUGAAGAGCCCAUAGAAAGUAUCAAGCCAGAAGUAGCAUCAUUGAUCAGACAGAUUAUCAUGAAAAAAAGAGAAGACCUCUGAAAAAGCUAUUCACGCUGUGAAUCCAUUCAACAGCACAGGUGCACAGCUUUACUACAUUCCUGGGAAAUGCUGCUAGAAGCUAAACUAUCAGGUGAUGUUACUUCUCUUUGGGGUUAGUAUUUUCAGCUACAGUAUGUCUACUAAUGUGGAACUGGCUCCUGCAAUGGCCUUGAGAACCACUGAGGUU